AUGGCGAAGUGUAUUUUAUCAAGACUAUUCUCUUGCGCCAGUCCCAGCGACAUCACCGGCGACGGUGGUAACAGAGAGGUCAGCACUUCGUCGCGACACAGCUUUUCUUGCAGUCUGAUGGAGGAGAACGUAGCUAUUGCCGAGUCUACCAUUGCCAAAUGGGAUUUCGACUCCUCCAACUUCCGCGACAAAUCUCUCAUUCGCGCCAAAAAGCUCAUGCAGACUGCCAUACGCCGCCUCGAGAAGGAGUUCCACCACAUCCCUCCUACCAAUCGUCAACAUAUCGACUCCGUUAGCCGCUCAUCCUCAUCCUCAUCCUCAUCCUCAUCCUCGUCCUCUGACGAAGACGAUAUCCAUCCCUCCACAUCUGACGCCAUCGCUGAACUUCGCUCCAUCGCGGAAUCAAUGAUGGCUAAUGGUUAUGGCAUGGAGUGCAUCCGUAUCUACAAGCUCUUACGCAAAUCGAUCCUUGAGGAAGCCCUAUUCCUCCUCGGAUUCGACGUCCACAUUCCUUUUUCCAACUUCCACAAGAUCGAUUG